AUGGAGCUGCCUGCUGUUGUACGGGAAAAACUUAUCGAAUUGGACGAUGAAAACAACCAGCUCAAACAAGAGGUGCAACGUCUUAACACCAAACUAUCCAGCAGGGAUGAAAUAUUGAACGAAUUAGAAGAAGAAAAUAUUCAGCUGCGAAACCACAUGAAGCAGGAUCAUUCGGACGAAUCUAAAAUUUCAGCUUUACAGCAGAAAAUUGUCAUUCUGGAAACAACGAUUGAAGAGAAAAUCUCAGAUUCUUAUCGAUUGGCAGCCCAGAUAGAAGUGUUGACCACAUCGUUGAAUUCAGCUAAUGCAGAAAUCAGCGAGUUACGAAGAGCUGAGUCUCGUCCAGUUUGCGAAGAUUCAGUGAUACAGGAACCUAGCAGCAGCGCAGAUUUGGAGCGACUUCAAGAGGAGAAGGACGAUGCCGUGUUCGAGUUGCAGAAAGCUAUGCACCGUAUUGCAGCGUUGGAAACGGAGAGAAACGACUACGCUGAACGAGCAGAGGCUGCGUCAUUGGAAGCUCGUGACAUGGCUCGGCAUAAUAAGGAGCUGCGCGAGCAAUUGCAUGAGCUUGAAGCCGAACUUGUAGUAUCCCGAACUAACGCUAAAGUUGCGAACAGAGGUAACUCCAUGUUUGCGGAAUUCGCGGAAGAGCGCGUCCGACUCGAAGCUGAUUUGAAACUACUUUACUGCAAAUAUAAUACGCUUCGUAAAGAGAAUUGUCAGCUGGCGAAUGAACUUGACGAGGCUCGCCUACUGGCUUUGCGACGAGGAAGAGGAGAAGGAUCCCAGAAAUGUCGAUGUCAGCAGUUGUCAGCAGAAUUGGUGGAGUUGAGAGGAAGGGUUCAAACACUGGAUGAACGACUGGCGAGCGCUAGAGGAGAUCUCAUCGAUAGAGCCAUAAAAACGAACGGUAUAGAUGCGCUACUGAGGAGCUCGUUCAAAUCUCUGAAAUUAGAGAUGGAAUCCUUGCGACAAGAGCGCGACAAACUGCGUGUUGAGAGGGACAAAAUUUUUGACGAGAAUGCUUCUCUGGCAGCUCGUGCUGCAAACGCUGAAACGUUAAUGGGGUACGCCAAUGAUGAUAUUGAAACUCUCAAACUACAGUUGGCUAUGUUCAGAGAAAGAGAGCAGAAAAAAGAUGCUGAAAGAGUUUCGAAUUUGAUCAAUGGAGAAAGUGGCGAAGAUGACAAAGAGAUAUGUCCAGUUAUACUUCCGCCUAAGGCACCUCAACCCCUUGGAGAACAGGCAAAAACACCUGCGCGACAGAAAGUUCCAUGUGAGGAACCGACAAAGUUGUACACUCCUUUCGCUUCAAUGAAGACACCUCUUGGUGCGACUGGUGAACCCUCCUUUCACCAAGAUGAGCAAGGGUAA